AUGAUGGCUGGUAAAUCCCAGAAGAACCAGGCACUGGCCACCACCAACGAAUCAAGUGAUUCAAAAGGCGUCGUCCCCCUCGAACUCUUCCUCGAAAUCGCAGACCGCUACGUCGAAUCCGCCUACGCCCAAGCCGCAGCCGAAGUCUCGACAUGGCACGUGGAAGGAUGUUCGGACGCCAUCGACUCCAUCUACAUCAGCGACAACCACGCCUACGACUACGCCUCCCAGACGAAGCGCUGGUGCCUCGUCAGCACCCUCGCAAACCUCCGCAGCAAGCGCGUCUCCGACAUUGUAGACAAGACCUUUUGCAAGUUCCCGCGCCACCACCACGUGCCCCGUCACCACCGCACCCCGGCAAGCGCCACAGAAUGGUCUACUGCAGGACAGAAGAGCAACGCCAUCGCCGACCCGCCCAGACACGCCUGGGUCCUCCCCGACAUCGACGUCUUCGUCCUCGAUUUCAAGGCCGCGGACCGACAUAACAACGCAGACGGCGAGAACCCAGAACCCCUGGAGAACGCCAUCCUCCAGCCCUCAGAGACAGCCGCGGUGGGGCCGCUGCGCAUGAUCCGCAACGUCAGCAGUAGCUUAGAAAACCUGAUGACGGCGAGCACGAAGCAGAUUCGCGCCCUCGCGGCCUUGCCGGAGUUGAGGCGCGUGCAGACGUGGUGCGCGAUCCAGAGCCCCGUGCAGCCCGCCGAUCACGAGCAGCCGCUGCACGACCACGCGGCAGUUUUGCCUGUUGAUCCGGCCAUCUUGCCUGACCUUGCUGCGGAGUUGGCGCUGAGCGAUACGCGGCUUCUGUUGUUGUGGGAGCCGUUGUUUGAUGCUGGUGUGAAGAUUACGAUUCAGCCGAGGUAUGCUUUGCGUGGGGAGAUUGAGCUCGUUCGUACGGACGGAGGUCUGCGUAUGAGGUUUUUUGAAGAGGAGUGCUUGGGUAACCGAUUCUUAUACUUGGUGGUAUACGCAGUGGGCGGGAAGAACCGAGCGGAGGAGGCUAGACAAUGA